AUCACAUUUCAGCUUGUCGGUACUUUGAGAUCUUACCAUCAACCGCGAACAUCGUCAAAGUGACAUAUCAACGUCAGGCGCAUUCUCGUUAAUAUCGUUGCUAACAUAUCCUUACCUAUUGAUCCGACCGAAUACAUCCAACCCAGCGCUCCAGCCGCAGUGCAGCGUCCUCAGCCGAGGCGACCCGAGUCAUCUGCGCCUGCACCCAGCUUCGAAGCUUUCCCUCCGCCGUCACCACAGAUCCUUCGGAGAUCACGAAAGACAGUACAACCCUUCUUGCAGGCUCGUACACAUCAGGUAGCCGAGAACUUCCCUCCGCGAGAACAAAAUGGACACUCCGACAUUCCCGCCACCGAAGGAUGCCGCGGAGCAGGAGGUCCUCGAUAGUCUUGUGUCUAUCCGCGACAAACUGCAACUUCUCAAGCAGGAUCGCAAGACGUACAUGCAAAAACAACAUGUUAUUCCUUUAUACCAGGAAACCGUUGAGCAAGUCCGCCGACUCAAUGAAUCUCGUUCCGGCGACCAGAAGAUUGAGGAGAACAGAGUCGAUAGAGUGCUGGAUAGCUGUUUCCAGCUUCUCUCGCUCUGCUUCAUGACGAUUGGCCAGAACAACAGCGCACCGGCUGCUUAUGCUCUUACCGCCACCAUCAAGCGACUACUGGACCACUUGACAGAAGUCGACUUAUUCAGCGCCAAGGAUCUUGAAUCUAUUUCGGAGACACUCAACCAGUUGUCACGCAACAUCAAGCACAGUUCCGAGUAUUCCUCGCCGUACUUGAUUACCCUUCUCAUGAACCGACUCGAUCUUUGCAAGAGGUCUUUGGCCAGCCUUCAGAAGCGCCUAGGCCGUCUGGAGGACCCAUUGCCAAAGGUGCACGAGAAGCUCAUCUCUAUAUUGCGCUCCAUAUCUCUAGCCAACACACGCACAAAGUUUUCGGCAUCAGAAGUCAAAAGCUUGCGGGCGCAGCUGAAGGAGGUUGACGAGAAAGUCAAAGCCAAUAAGUACUUGACAGUAGAUGGCAGGCAACCGGCAGGCAGCGAGGAUGUCGACUUCUUGUUGAGGAAGUGUUUGCUUUGGUCGGACAUUGUUCUCGAAAGGCGGGGUGUGAUAUCUGAGCCGUUCAAAGCCACCUAUGACAUUCUAGUACGCAUCAGGAACGACCUUGAAACCCUGUCUAUCACUAGCAAGUGGUCCCUUCGCGAGGCAGACCUAAGUUACGGUUACAUCUACUUCCUGAUGAUUUCGUCGAACCCAGUGUCCGAAGCUUUGCAACCUACCUUCAAUCAGCUUCAAACGUUGAAGAAAUGCUUGAUCGAGGUCAGGAACAAUGGUGGAGUAUCAACUGUGAGGGAGCUGUACCCCUAUAGCCUUAAGCUCAACUCGAUUGACAACUUGCGAGUCGACGGCAAGUUCAUGUUCAACGGCGAUAUUCCUGAAGGCCAAGGAAGCGUAAACGAACUCUUGGCCGAAUGCUUCGAGAUUAACUACGAGCUACGAGUUGCAGCCGAGGCAGCAGCCGAGGCGGCGGACGUGGACGAUGACGAGGAAGAGACGGCAGUGUCUGGGGAUGUGGAUGCCGAGGCCUCAACCGAGGCUCUCGCUAAGGCUCUCGAGGACUCGAAGCUUGAAAACAAGUCCGAAGGUCAGGUCACAGCUUAAGUGAGUGUGUGCUCAAGGCUCCGCCUGACUUCCAGCUUCCCUUCGCGCUUUGUGCGACAAAUGCUUGACUCAAGGCAUGUGAAAUCGGUAUUUGGAGUUUCCGGUCAAGAUAUGCGGCAGACUUAUUACUUCGGUGGUCACCCCGGUGUUUUCGCGGUCAUUCUACCGCACUCUUUCGAGUCUACGGUUGUACUAUUUAAUUGUUACAGGCGGAGGCUUCAGGUUGAAGAGGGGAGAAUCCAGGAAUCGGCGAAUUGAGGGCGUUGUGUCGGUCACGGCAUAAUGAUGUGUUGAGCGCACACGAGUAGUGUCUAUUAAGGUCAUGGGUCGCUCAAAUUAUACAACAGUCUCCCUA